CUUUGGAUGGUCCAAGGGCCAGUCAGCAGCGUCCCGCUGCUCAAAGCUCCGGCGGGGAGUCGAGCGGGGCCGUGGCCGGUGGCGCUGAGGAGCCGGGCUCGCUGCCCCGUUGGAAUGGAAAAAGAAAGGCAAGUCAUCAGCACUAGAUAUUACUAUUAAUGGAAGCAUUGCAAGAGUGAAGAUAAAUAUCUAGGAAGGACAAGAUAUUUGAUACUGCAUUUUAUGGGACAAGCAAUUCUUAAAAGGAGAAGACAUAUAGGAAAGGAUGUCUCAUUUAAUCAAAGGAGUUAAAAAAUGUUAUGGUCCUUCUGUCAGUCAAAUGCACAAAGUAACAGGAUUUCCGUUUAAAACACCCACACUCAAAAGCUUACUACCCUAUAGUGGGCAACAAUUAAAAACUUCACGUACAUUCUCUAAACUUAGUUCUGAAAAGGCAGGCUCUUAUAGUUACAUCAUAGUUGGAGCUGGAUCAGCAGGGUGUGUAUUAAGCAGCCGAUUGACUGAAGAUCCCCUUAGGACUGUUUUACUUUUGGAAGCAGGCCCUAAAGACACCUUUCUAGGUAGUAAAAGAUUAAUGUGGAAGAUUCAUAUGCCUGCUGCAUUAACCUAUAAUCUUUGUGAUGAAAAAUAUAAUUGGAAUUACCACACAACACCACAAAAGCACAUGGAUAAUCGAAUUAUGUACUGGCCCAGAGGUAGAGUGUGGGGUGGCUCCUCAUCUCUCAAUGCUAUGGUGUACAUUCGGGGGCACGCAGAAGACUACAAUCGAUGGCAUAGAGAAGGUGCUGUGGGAUGGGACUAUGAAUUUUGCUUGCCUUAUUUUAAGAAGGCACAGACUCAUGAGCUGGGUCCUAACCUGUAUAGAGGUGGGACUGGACCAUUGCAUGUGUCAAGAGGAAAGACGAACCAUCCACUUCAUCAUGCAUUCCUGGACGCAGCCCAGCAGGCUGGCUAUUCUUUCACAGAUGAUAUGAAUGGUUACCAACAAGAAGGAUUUGGCUGGAUGGAUAUGACUAUACACAAAGGUCAAAGAUGGAGCACAGCUAGUGCUUACCUUCACCCUGCCAUAACACGCCCAAACUUGUCCACAGAAGAUAGAACACUUGUAACAAAAAUUUUGUUUCAAGGGACAAAAGCCAUAGGGGUUGAGUAUGUCAAGAAUGGGCAAAGGAAAAAGGCUCUUGCCAGUGAGGAAGUGAUUUUAAGUGGAGGUGCCAUAAAUUCCCCACAGCUGCUUAUGUUGUCUGGGGUUGGAGAUGCAGAUGACCUCAAAAAAUUAGGGAUUCCUGUUGUUUGUCACCUUCCUGGGGUAGGCCAGAAUCUUCAAGAGCAUUUAGAAGUGUACAUACAGCAGAAGUGCACCAAACCUAUUACUCUCUACAAAGCACAAAAGCCUGUUAACAUGGCAAAGAUUGGUUUAGAAUGGCUUUGGAAAUUUACAGGGGAUGGAGCUACUGCCCACUUAGAAUCUGGUGGGUUUAUUAGAAGUCGGCCAGAUGUUCCUCAUCCAGACAUUCAGUUCCAUUUUCUUCCUUCUCAGGUGAUUGAUCAUGGACGUGUUGCUUCCAAGCUGGAAGCUUAUCAGGUUCAUGUUGGACCUAUGAGGAGCGCAAGCGUGGGCUGGCUAAAGUUGAAAAGUACAGAUCCAAGGGACCAUCCUGUGAUUGAACCAAACUACUUGUCAACGGAAACAGAUGUGUGGGAAUUUCGUCAGUGUGUCAAGUUAUCCAGAGAAAUUUUUGCUCAGAAAGCUUUUGAAAAAUUCCGUGGUCCUGAAAUUCAGCCAGGAAGUCAUGUACAGUCUGACAAAGAAAUAGAUGCUUUCAUAAGACAGAAGGCUGAUAGUGCUUAUCAUCCUUCUUGUACCUGUAAAAUGGGGCAGCCGUCUGAUACCACUGCUGUGGUUGAUCCUCAGACCAAAGUAAUUGGGGUUGAAAACCUGAGAGUCGUAGAUGCCUCAAUAAUGCCAAGUGUGGUCAGUGGAAAUUUGAAUGCCCCAACCAUCAUGAUAGCGGAAAAAGCUGCUGAUAUAAUCAAGGGGUUCCCAUCACUCAGUGAGAAAAAUGUUCCUGUGUAUAAAUCUCAAACCUUGGAAACUCAGCGAUGAAUAAAAUGCCCACGCUUAUUUUCCAGAUCAGGCUACAGCAUGCUGAAGAACCAUGUCUCCAAAGGGAAACUACCAAAUCCUUGUCUCUUUGCAGGUCAAUGUAAUGUGUAAUUUUGUAAAUGUUACACAAAUCAAAGUAGUAGUUUUUUGUGCUAAACAUGUUUUUAAUAUUGAGACAGGUAAGAAGUAGGGCUGUCAAUUAAUCGCAGUUAAUUUGAGUUAAUUGUGUGAGUUAAUUGAGAUUAAAAAGAUUAAUCAAUACCAAUUGAAAUUUAUUAAAUAUUUUUGGAUGUUUUCUACGUUUUC